GCCCUGAUUUUGCCAACUGGACAGUGCACAUUUUCACCACGGAACGGCAGCAUAUAGCACUGGAAGGCAGGACAAUGGACAUUACAUGACAGCAGCAAGUCUGAAGAUGAGGACGUGGGUACAGUAGAAGCUAAGAAGUUAAGAACUCCGAUAAGGAUCUUCAUGAGACAGUUUGGAUGAUUAUUCAUUGUGCAGUUAAGUGACGCUAAACAGUGAGUUGUGCGGAGACGGGAAGAGCCAUGCCUUUGGUGGAAUUUGCUGCAGGAUGCAUUUCAGGUGGUGUUGGAUUGGCUGUUGGCCAUCCAAUAGACACAAUGAAGGUGCGUCUGCAGACCCAGAGUAAAUAUAAAGGGAUUCUUGAUUGCAUAACAAGGACCUACUCUCGCGAAGGGAUCCAUGGGUUCUUCAAAGGCAUGGCCUUUCCGGUCCUGACCACUGGCAUCACCAACUCUGUGGUGUUUGGCUCCUACAGCAACGCUUUAGACUACCUCACUCGCUCCCAGCGCAACGAGAGGAGCAAAGGCAACCACGCCUCUGCAGCAGCUGUGUUUACGGCCGGGUGCUUCUCUGGUGCGACGCAGGUGUUGGUCACGGCGCCCGUCGACCUGGUGAAGGUACGCCUGCAGACACAGACCCAGAAGGGGGGCCGAUACCGGGGCCCCGUCCACUGUGCAGCGGUGAUCCUGAGAGCGGACGGGCUGAGGGGCCUGUUCCGGGGAGGGUUUGCCCUGGCCUUGAGGGAUGUGCCCUGCUACGGACUGUACUUCCUGCCCUACGAGAUGACAUGCAGGGCUCUGACUGAGAGCGGAAAGCAACCAGGUACGUUCGCGGUGUUGAUGGCGGGCGGGCUGGCGGGCGUGGUCACAUGGGCCUGCGCCACCCCCAUGGAUGUGGUGAAAGCCCGUCUGCAGAUGGCGGGCGCUGGGGGCCGGGAGUACGACGGGGUCCUUCACUGCAUGCGAGUGAGCCUGCGAGAGGAGGGACCCAGGGUGUUCUUCAAAGGCCUGCUGCUCAACAGCCUGAGAGCCUUCCCUGUCAACGCCGUCACCUUCCUCAGCUACGAGAGCCUCAUGCGGUACUUCACCUCCCUGCCAGCUGACUGACACACACUGACCCACAAGGACAGCGGGGUUUCCCGCAGCACUUUUCAGUUAAGGCGGCCACCUAAGCAACACACGCCUGCCGCCUUAACUACGUAGUCCAAAAAAAACACUAUUUUUUAUAGCGAUAUCCGCCGUUGUCCUGUUUUCUCCCUUCCAUUCCAAACCGUGACCAACGCCAGUCUUACAACUCUGCAGAACGCAUUAGUCUAUCGCACAAACUAGCGGGAAACCCCACCUUACCACCUUAACUAACACAUUUUCUGUGGGAAACCCUGGACAGACAAGCUGAAAACAAAGAAUACAACAGCUACGGUCUUGGACUUAAUUCUCUUUAGCACCCUGGUUUUGGCAACGCCUUUUUGGAAUGUGAAUGUGUUCAUUUUUAUUUUAGCAGACGCUAAAACUGAUAUAAGCAUUUAUUUUUUUUGCACAUUAUUGUUCCAUAGGAUUUAGCGGUGUGCCCUGAUGAAAUGAUACUGUGGCCAGACUGAUGUGAAUAUUUCUUUAGGGAUCAUGGAUAUGGGUACCUCACUAUCGUCCACUAGACUGCAUGUACCAUCCCCCAGGGUGGAGGCAGCGUGGCGUUUCCUUCAGAGGAGGCUGCUAGUUUAACCAGUAUGUACUGUAUGUAUGUAGUAUUCAUAUCGUAUACACGCCUAAACAUGACUUUAUAAUAAACAUACA